GAGUCAGCCUCGCGAGGGACCAACCCCGGCCGCGUUUUCCAUUUCUUUCCGGCCUGCUGCUCGUGCUUCUCAAUCCACCCCAGUACACCACCGUCAGGAUGAAGCAUAUCGGUAAAACCGGCCGGGACAACCUGGGCGCCGCCAUCUCGAUGCUGGCGCUGGCGGUGGUCUCGGUCGCUCUCCGGUUGGUGGUGAGAAUCAUGACUCGACAAUGGUCUCCCCUAUCCGACGGCCUGCUUCUGCUAUCACUGGCAUGCAUGGCAGUGUUUGCGGCUCUGUUAAUUCAGUAUAUUGUCGCGGGACCCGGCCCAGGCACGUUCGACUUGAACGAAUUCGCCGCCGAUACAGACAUUGGGGGUAUGGUCUGGGCUAAGGCAUUUCUAAAGACACUCUACGUCGCCGACCUUUUCUUCAUGGCGACCAUCAGCUUUGUUAAAUUGUCGGUACUCGCCUUCCUGCACGGUCUCUUCAAGAUUUCCAGAAUAUACCGCAUCUUGAACUAUGUGACAGCCGGCCUCUGCGUUGCUUGGUUCCUCAUCGUUCUAUUCGUCAACAUAUUCCAGUGUCAUCCCAUUCACAUGUUGUGGGAUGCGAUGGGGGCUGCGGAAUACUGCAUUGCCAGUGGUCGGCUUUGGUUGGGGAUGGAGCUCACGAACCUGUUUCUCGACGUUAUGAUCUUGUUUCUGCCUGUGUAUGUGGUGACGAGGCUGCAGCUCAGUCGUACGCGCAAGAUCCAGGUUACCGGUAUAUUCCUGCUGGGUGGACUGGUCUGCAUUGCCAGUAUCUGCAAGCUCUCCUAUCUGUGGAUUCCAGCCACGCCGCAGGUGGUCCGGGCCCCCGAGACAAUGGUCUGGUCAUCAGUCCAGCUGGGUGUAGCCACGCUCUGCGCAUGUCUGCCAACCUACGCCCCAUUAUUCCGAGUGGCACGGGGAAAGAUGUCUACGGGGAAGUCGCCCUCGCCACCGUAUCCCUACGGAAGCGACAACACGCCGCACAAUGCUCCGGCAGGUAAGAGCGCACCCUAUCGACGGGUGGAAGAUCCGCUGCUGAGUACCCAGCAGACGGAAAUCACGCGCGGGGAUGGCGAGUCGUACAAGAUGGACCAGCUCGGCCCCUGCCACAUCUACGUGAAGCAGAGUGUAGACGUUGAUGUGGUUUAGCAUUGGUCUGAACCUAAUAUUUCUUUGUUGUUUUCUUCGUUCAAUAAUAGUAAUCCAACCCUCCGGGGCAAUGAUGGUCCAUAAGUUUCCGCCCCCAACCCCAACCCCUCUCCAGCAAAAGCAAAUCUGUAAAUUGCGUCGGAAUCGUGUUGCAUGCCGCUAAACUGGGUGCUUUUUUUAGCGUGCCGGGAUCGCAGGGAUAUAUAUGUGGGUACUGGUUCCAGCCCAGUUGCAGAAGGGUAUUUAGCGCUGAUGAGUUGGAGUUGGGCCGAGUUCCGCCCGGGACAAGAAUUUCUGAGAUCCUCAGUCACACACAGCUCUGAGCUAAGUACGGAAAUUCUUCGUUCAUCCUUCAUUCUCCAUGUUGCACAAUCUUAU